ACCCACAGUCCUCAGCCUGUGGCCUCCCAUUCCUGCCCCUUGAUCUCCAAACACUGAGCCAGAAGGUUGUCUGGAGGCCCCAAGACAAGGACACCUACCCUACCAUGCUGCGUCGUCUGACCUCCAGGCUGCCAGUCAGAAGAUGGGAUGGGACUGUAGAAAAACAGUCACGGAGAGACAGUAGUCAGACCACUUCCCCAUGUCUUAUCCAUAGACUUGACCACAUUGUGAUGACAGUAAAGAGCAUCAAAGAUACCACCACGUUUUAUUCCAAGAUCCUGGGCAUGGAGGUCACAACUUUCAAGGGUAACCGGAAAGCAUUGUGUUUUGGAGACCAGAAAUUUAACCUUCAUGAGGUGGGAAAGGAAUUUGAACCCAAAGCUGCUCACCCAGUUCCUGGCUCCCUGGACAUAUGUCUGAUCACAAAGAUGCCUUUGGAGGAAAUGAUCCAGUACCUCAAGGCUUGUAAUGUCCCCAUUGAAGAGGGUCCAGUGCCCAGGACGGGGGCAAAAGGACCUAUUAUGUCCAUCUACUUCCGAGAUCCCGACAGAAAUCUGAUUGAGGUGUCCAACUACAUCUCCUCGUGAUGGAGACUGGCCCUCCUCCAUUCCAUCUCCCAUGAUGUCGCCCUCUCCCUUCCUUCCUGCAAACCCUUGUCCAGGCCCAGAGACCUCCAAGGACUAGCACUUCACACAUCCUGCUGGAGGAGCCAGAGACAGGUUUGGACCAAACCUACAUGUCUGAUGUCCUCCAUCCAGGCUGCCCCAAUAAAUGAAUAGUCUCUCAGUUAAUAUGAA